GUUAUAAAAGCCCCCGACUUCCAUUUCGUCGUCCGCUCCUGCUCUUCCAGCUCCCUUUCCCCCCAAAACCCUUCUUUGCAGCUCCCUUUGCUCGUUGUGCUUCCUUCGCUGUUCUGCUAAUGGAGUUCUGGGGUGUUGAGGUUAAGGCUGGGGAGCCUGUUAAAGUUGAUCCUCAAGAUUUCGAUGCCUACAUCCAUCUUUCUCAGGCUGCUCUUGGUGAGACGAAGAAAGAUAAGGGGGCUGAACCUGUGGUUCUUUACUUAAAAUUUGAUGACCAGAAGUUUGUUUUGGGAACGCUUUCAAAGGAUAGUUUCCCCCAGAUAUCUUUUGACUUGGUUUUGGAAAAGGAGUUUGAGCUAUCCCACAAUUCGAAAAAUGUGAGCGUCUUUUUCUGUGGAUAUAAAGCUGAACUUCCUGAUGAAGAGGGUGAUGACUUUGACAACUUAUCUGAUAGUGAUGAGGACGCAGAACUCCCAGUGAUAACAAAAGAUAAUGGAAAACUUGAUGCUAAGUCUGGCCUAGCUAAGCUUGCCGCAUCCAAGAAAAGCGAUGCCAGUGCUAAUGAUUCCAAAAAGCAGGGCAAGGUUGAGCCAAAGAACGAAGAUGACGAUUCUGAAGAUGAUGAGGAUGAUGAAUCUGAUGAAGAUGGUGAGGAUGGAAGUUCUGAUGAGGAUAUGAUGGAAGCUGAUAGUGAUAGUGAUGAGGAGAGUGAUGAUGAUGAAGAUGAGGAGGAGACUCCCAAGAAGGUGGAUCUGAGUAAGAAGAGGCCCAAUGAUUCUGCAUCAAAAACUCCAGUUUCUGCCAAGAAAGCUAAAUCUGGUACUCCUGAAAAGAAUGAUGCUAAGAAAGGUGGUCAUACCGCUACUCCUCACCCAAUGAAGAAGGGAGGAAAGACUCCUAACAGUGAAGCCAAGGAGCCUAAGUCUGGUGGACAAUUGUCCUGCAAAUCUUGCAGCAAGACUUUCAACUCUGAAGGUGGUCUUCAACAACAUAAAAAGGCAAAGCAUGGUGGUCAGUGAUAGCGAGUACCAACUGAUUCAUGUCGCAUUUUUUCCCUGAUGCAUUAUCAUGAGCAUCCUAAAGACGUUAUUCCGCAUUUUGCCAUAGUAAACCUUUUAGGAAGUUUAGGUUGACGUUUCUGAGAGACAGUUAGACCCGCUUCAAAGUUUUGUUUGGCGUUGCUGAGAGCCUGUUUACAAGCCUGUCUUUAUGCCUUGGUGCUUAAGAGUUCUGAGUUAAUAUUUUGUUGUACAACCAUUUUGUUUUACGGGUUUAAUUUGGUGGACUUCCAAACCUAAGAUUGAUAUUUUACUUUUUCUUCAGUCAGGUGUUUAUAACUACAGCUGUUUCAGAUUUGAGAUAAUUGCAGAUAGUUUCAGGCUUGCGAUAAUUGCUGCUGGAAUAAGUAUCCGUGAAGCCUAUGAUAUAAUUUGAUUAUCAAGGUUAAGG